AAUCCAUCCAUCGAACGACAUACAAGGAACAUGAGGGUUGACAAACGCUUUAGUAGUGCCAGGAUACACAGUCUGUUGUUGUUGCUAGGCUUCUUUCUACCGCGAUGGGGUUUGUCAGUGGACGCCUUUUUGAUGAUCAAGGCCCCUUAUCCCUCCAUCGCAUCGUGUCUCUCUUUAUCAAGUUCUUUGGAGGAUAAUGACGAUUCGAGCAACAGUUUCUUUGAAUCCCUGCUGUCCCGAUUCCAAGGCGAUUUUGACAACUACCAUCAAGUCGUCCAAGACCGAAGCCAAGGUCUGCUACCGCGAGAAGGAGGCGGUCACGAACAAAUUCAUUGCCUCUUGGUACCCGUCCCACCCGUUGUUAUCCCACAAACUGGUACUACUGUGGCAGGACGAUUGGCCGCUUUUUAUUUUGAUGGGAUUCCGCAACGCAUCUUUCGAUUUCGCUAUUACGAAUUAAAAUGUGUGGAUGAUGAGAGCAGCAGCAGCAUGGUGAACAUGACUUUGUACUGUUUGCAUCCCACUUUGGAAGGACAAUUGCGAGGAAUUUCCGAUCCAAUGGAGUGGCCCCAGGCCAUGUCCGAGUUUGCAUCCUCGCAACCAGACGAACCAGUAGUGACACUGCUUCCCAACUGUGACGUGCAGUGGUCUCGCGACUUGGAUCCUGUGCAACACGACUAUGCGCAGCGACGCAAUGACGAAUUGCAACAGCAAUCUACAAGCGACACGGGCAUUCAUGCCGUCAUGGUCCACGGACAAGCCAUUGUCGAUUCCACCAUGAUGCCCGGCACCAAAAUCAAAGUACUGGAUCAAUUAUCCUUGUGGGACGAUCAGUUUUGGAUUCACGAUCGAGGAUUGGAUCCAGAGACGGGCGAUUUCAUCUACGGCAAUCAACGGGGUGUCCCGUAUCAAUUGGAGCGUGUGACACAACUGAAACAAACGACAAGUGGGUGGCAACGGCACGUGACCAACCAGGAAUUGCAGUGGACACUGGGACCCACGUGGAGGACGGCAGAGGAGUAUCAAGCCAAACUGGAUGCCGUCGGUGGUGGGGUGUCCAGUCAAUUGAAUCGUCGCAGCAAAUGAAUGAGCAACAUGCAACAUUCGUUGGUUGUUGGGAAAGGUACCGUAGUAGCUCACACACGGGUGCAGGACGACUAGGAAAGCGCGCUUGAAGUAUCAUGCAAAGGUCGAAUGAUUCAAUCUCGACCUUGAAACAACAGCGCUCCCAACGGACCAAUUCGUGCUCCCGUAAAUAGAUGCAGACCCUACUAACCGUGAAGCAACAAUCAGCGGCUGCCUGACGAAUCGAAUCAGAUCAGGUCAAUCCGCGUUUCGGUGCAACAGAAGUAUAUUUUCAAACAGCUUCUUUACGUGCGGUAGAUGCGUACCUAACCAUCUAUGAUUGGCGCCUACUUAAUGGUGCUGCAUUGAAGCUACUUUGAUUGAUUGCAUGCCUGUCUGU